UCCGUCUUUUGUUUCUCUUCCUUCCCUCUCGUACUUCGAAACUAUCUUGUUACGGGUUAUAUUGUAUCCGUCUCCUCUUUCUACCUCGUUAUCAGCCGGAGGCAAGCAUCAUGGGAGAUUACAUCUGUGGCUUCCUGUGUGGCGGCCACCAGUACGCAAACAGGAAGCAGUUGCAGACGGUGGAGCUCAAGGUCAGGAUGGACUGCGAGGGCUGUGAACUCAAAGUCAGGAAUGCCAUCUCCUCCGUCACAGGAGUUCAGUCGGUGGACAUCAACAGAAAGCAGAAUAAAGUGACUGUGACUGGCUACGUUGAGCAACACAAAGUCCUGAAGAAGGUUCGAUCCACGGGCAAGAGAGUUGAGAUCUGGCCUUAUGUUCCCUACAACCUUGUCACUCACCCUCACGGUGCUCAGAUCUAUGACAAGAAGGCACCCCCCGGGUAUGUCAGGAAUGUGGAGGUGGUCACUGUGUCCAGCCAACCACUCAGACAAGAUGACCUGCUUACCAACUUGUUCAGUGAUGACAAUCCAAAUGCCUGCUCCAUCAUGUGAAGAAACUCAGAUCUAUAUGUUUCUAAGUAGAAUGAGGGUGAUGUUCUUUCUUCUCUGUGGCUUUGCAUGGGAGUGGGUGUUAUCA